GUAGUCCCGACGCUCCAAGAUGAAUGGAGGCAACAUGCUAUAUGUCGGCGACGAAAUUGGAGCCUUAGUUUUCGAUCCAGGGCACCAUUCGUUGCGUGUGGGCUACGCGCAAGAGGAUUCGCCGAAGGCUGAGAUACCCUCUGUUGUCGGCAUUGGAGCAUCCCCAACUCCGGAUACGAAUUUUGAUCCAGAUACCAAAACUGACAACAAUGUGACGCCCAACAGAGGCCUUGUCCGCCACUACGUCCUCGUUAUCCCGCCUGCAGCCUCCAGUUCAGCUCCAGCUCCUACUCCCGCUCCCGCAUAUUUGUUUGUUUAGUUACUAGUUUAUCGAGCAUGCGAAGUGUGUGUGGCAAAAGUGUGUGCGAUUUUUGGUUGGACUGGUUUGUACUGAGGACCAUCAAGCGAGAGUUGUGCCAGAGCCGAUAUGGGCAGCUCCUUGACCCGAACAGAUCUGAGGAAUUCAUCGUAUUCGGUCUUGACUGUGGCCUGCUCUUCGGGACCCAGUGGUACGGACGCAUGUGUCUCCAUUUCGUGUUAGAAUAAGAUAUCGAGGAACUCGACUUCCAGUCGCCGACGCUCAUUGAGCGUCAUGGCCUCCACCAAUGGCAGCUGAGUGAGUAGAAAGUUCUGGGCCAUACUCAAGUCCCUGGGUGGUUCCAAAUUUUCUGUACUUACCGAGCGUUCGAUCUCCGUCACAAGGGACCACAGUUGAAAGGGAAUUUGUCCCUUCGCCUUCGAAAGGGUGCCCAUGGUCGGUAGCAGCAAGUUCCAACGCCACUGCAGCUCGUCUGCCGAGAAGGGGGCACUCAGCGGCAAGUUCUCGUAGCUGGCAUUAAACUCCUUCGAAAUCUGAUUCCAGGCCCACUCGUCGUAUUCCGAGUCCUGUUCCGGCUG